UUGUUUAUACGUGCUACACAUGUACACAAGUGUAUCAUUGGCCAAGUCGCUGCUUGAGAGCUAGAUCCCCUGCCGCAGAAAUGCAGUCCAAUGCCGGUGCGCAUUCGGUGCGUUUGAUACUUGUUUGCUCCCUACUAAUCGUUUCGGCAGGCGCGUUUAAUUUCGUCGAGCGGGACGAUAGCUGCUGGACGCCCUACGGCGAGCGAGGCGUUUGCACCAUCGUGGGCAGAUGCGGCUACAUUAUGUCAUUGAUCAGGCCGCGAGGGAUUGCCUCGCCGGCCGUUUUGAUGUUCAUGCGCCGCAGCACCUGCGGAUUCAUCGGACGCGAGCCCAAGAUCUGCUGCUCCGUGCAGAAAUCAACGACGACUACCACUACGACGACGACGACGACAACGACGACGACCAGAAGGCCGCCAACCACGACAACGAGUAGACCAACGAGACGACCUCGUCCGGUCUUCGAUCCGGAUGACUACGACGAUUUCGAUUUCGAGGAUAGGCCUUUGAGCAACGGCGCCAGGAUCGAACCACCUACCACGACGACUACGAGGAGGAGACCGACGUGGACGAGCACUACUGCGAGACCUACAACGACGACGACAACGACAACGACUACCACUCCCAGACCACCACCGACUGCUACCCAGGCCAGCACUACCGAGCCACCCACAACCACGUCGAUCCCUAUAACGACAUCCGCACAAGCUGGCUGGACUAUUCCAGCCGACGUCGCGUCACUGCUACCGGAAAACUGCGGCGGCGAUUUGGCGGCCAAUCGAAUUCUGGGCGGCGAAAGGACCGAGCUCGAGGAGUUCCCCUGGAUGGCCGUGCUCGAGUACGAGUAUCCCAAAGGCACGAUAACCGGCUGCGGCGGUGUGCUGAUCAAUCAGCGCUACGUGCUGACCGCCGCCCACUGCGUGCGCUCGAUCCCGUCGACCUGGCGUCUGCGCAACGUCCGCCUCGGCGAGUACGACAUGCGCACCAAUCCGGACUGCGUCAACGAGGGCAACGGCCAGCUGACCUGCGCCGAUCGGGUCCUCAUCGUGCCGAUCGAGACGGAGCUCGUCCACGAGCAGUUCAUGCGGCCCGUGACGUAUCGCAACGACAUCGCCCUGCUGAGACUGUCGCGAGACGUACCUUUCUCCAGGUUCGUCCAGGCGAUCUGUCUGCCGAGUCAUCCGCGGCCGGCCUCGUUCUACUGGUCGGCCGGAUGGGGCCAGAACGAGGAGGCCAAGACGUCGGACGUCAAGCAGAAGGUCAUGCUGCCGCACUUCGACUUCGAUCAGUGCGCCCAGCUCUACACCACGAAGAAUCUGCUGCUGGGCGAGGGACAGAUGUGCGCCGGUGGCAGGGCCGAUCACGACACCUGCAAGGGUGACUCGGGUGGUCCACUCAUGAAGAUCGACCAGGAAGGUAACAGGCCGGGCACUUGGGUCGUCGAUGGAAUCGUGUCCAUUGGAUUCUCGCCGUGUGGACUCACGGGCUGGCCGGCUAUCUACACCAAGGUGCAUCCUUACAUGCCUUGGAUCAUGAGCAAACUUCAGCCUUGAGGGAUGCAGAGAGCCUGUGAACGCGACUGUAAUUGUACAUUUCAAAUAAAAGAAAUAAAUUAUAAUUAUAUGUGA